AAAGGGGACCCGGGCCCGGAGCUCGUGCCUUGCCCCGGGAGGAAGCGCGUGCAGAUCUGGUGGCAAGUUUCCCCUUUUGCUUUCUCGUCAGAGCAACCGCUGGCGGUGGGCGGUAAGGGUAAUGCCCAGCUCCAGCCUCCAGGGGAUCCGGAGCCAGCGGGGUUAAGACAGAAAGACCCCACCACCACCAGCAGCACCACCAUGGGCAGCCGCGACCACCUGUUCAAAGUGCUGGUGGUGGGGGACGCGGCGGUGGGCAAGACGUCGCUGGUGCAGCGCUAUUCGCAGGACAGCUUCAGGAAACACUACAAGUCCACUGUGGGAGUGGAUUUUGCUCUGAAGGUUCUCCAGUGGUCUGACUCUGAGAUCGUGCGACUCCAGCUGUGGGAUAUUGCAGGGCAGGAGCGUUUCACUUCUAUGACCCGGCUCUAUUAUCGGGAUGCCUCUGCCUGUGUUAUUAUGUUUGAUGUUACCAAUGCCACUACCUUCAGCAACAGCCAGAGAUGGAAACAGGACCUGGACAGCAAACUUACACUGCCUAAUGGAGAGCCUGUACCCUGCCUGCUAUUGGCCAAUAAGUGUGACCUGUCCCCAUGGGCAGUGAGCCGAGACCAGGUUGACCGGUUCAGUAAAGAGAAUGGCUUCACAGGUUGGACAGAAACAUCAGUCAAGGAGAACAAGAACAUUAAUGAGGCCAUGAGAGUUCUCAUUGAAAAAAUGAUGAACAAUUCCAAAGAAGAUACCAUCUCUUUGUCCACCCAAGGGAACUACAUCAACAUAGAAUCCAAGUCCUCCUCUGGCUGGGCCUGCUGCUAACAGUUGCUUUUUCCCUCCCAGUUCUUUCCAUUUCUUCCCAAUGUGGGUCCUGCCUCAGUUUUACCAAGUACAGUGAACUAGCCCUAAGGAGCACAGCCUCGCCUGGAAAAGAUGCCUAGUGCAGGUGCAUUUCUGUAGCUCCAGCAACUUGGCUCUCACUUACUGGCCCAAUCAGUAUGUUCUCACUCUUCUAUCUGAGAUCUGGGAUUUUUGUGGGAGGAACUCAAGUCUGUGCA